AUGAACAACCGUCAGAGACUGAUUCCAAUGAUCAAGACAGUUGUACUGUGCGGCCGGCAGAAUAUAGCUUUGCGGUGCCUCAGAGAUAAUGGGCUACUCUCCGACUAUUCCCUCGGAGGCCCGAAAGAAGGAAAUUUCCGAGCGUUGCUGAGUUACAGGCUUGAUGCCGAUGACAGCCCUUUCGAAGAGCAUCUCGCUAGUCCGAAGCGAAACGCAAACUACAUCAGCGGCAAGUUCCAGAAUAAAAUCAUCCGAGCCAUAGGGAGGUUAAUCCGGAAGAAGAUCGUGAAUGAAGUCAAGGAGGCCAAAUUCUUCUCCAUCCUCGCAAGAGACAUCUCGUUCUGUGAUGUCACCGACAAAACAGGCGCUGGCCUCGCGCGCGCCAUCCUAGAUAAUCUCAAGGAAGAGGAACUGGACGUCAGGGAUAUCCGCGGCCAAGGCUAUGAUGGUGAUAGCGGUACUGGUGCGUACACACUACUGAACACCGUGUGCAAUUUCGACUUCUUGAUCUCACUCUACUUUAUCCAGAGUUUCGCUUCGCUCCUACUAUCAUUGCCGGUUGAUCUACAGAAGAAGGAACUAGAUAUUUUCGGUGCGCUGGGUAUUGUUGACACAGUUCUCUCAGUUCCGAAGGAGAGGAGAGGAGAAGCAGGCCCAGUUUUCACCGAAGUUUUCGGUGAAGCGACGUUUCCCGACAGUAUCGACAUCGAAAUCGAAAUGCCCCGGGUGUGCCAUCGGCAAGCUCAUAGAGGGAAUCAUUCCGUAUAUCCUCCUGAGGAAUACUUCCGAACUUCCGCCUACAUUCCAUAUAUCGACGCUCUGAUCACAGAAUUCACCUCCCUCUUCGAAGACACCCGGAAAAAUGCUGCGGAGCUUCCGUUUCUGAUACCCAAAUUCACCGUGGAGAGCUCGUACGGAGAUAUGCGUGAAAUCUUCAACUUCUACGAAUCGGAUCUGAACUGA